GAGUGCAAGGAUAGGUAGUAGAAUGGUGGGGGUAGAAUAAGUGCGAACCAGUAGAAUUGAACGACAUUAUAUCAUCUCUAGCAGCUAGUUAUCUGGUUCUGAAAUUUUUUAUGGCUAGUUUUACUGCUACGUUUUCGUAUCUGAGGGUCGCAUGCGAUGGCCUUGGAUGCAAUGCCUUGAUCCAGGGACGGUAUUUUACUUGCCUCGACUGCUCCAUUCCCGGCGGACCUAACAGUUUCGAUCUCUGCAUCUCCUGCCAUUUGAACCGAAACUACUCUCACCUCCACACCACUUUUGUGGAAAAGCACGUCUCUGCGUUUCCGGCUGCAAAUUACCGACUAGCAGCGUUUGCAACGGUGCCCCAACCGGCGGCGAAACUGAAUUACAACAAUGAGGGAGUAGCAACGAAGGGAGUAGAAGCAGUCAAUACCGGUUCUACCAUUCCACAUGUAACAGAUGAUGUCUGCUGCAGCAUUAUGUGA